AUGAAAAGCAAAUGGACGAUGGACAGGCCUCCCGCCCCGCCGCCCCCCAGUGACCCCCGCGAUGCCCGCCCCCCCCGGCGGCACGACUCGGAAGCGGAGACCACGAGCGAGCCGGAGAGCAGCCGCGGGGGCAUGGAGGCGCCGGCGGACCCCCAGCUGCUGCUCAACGGGGCGUCCAAGGAGGCGGGCCGGCCCUCCCCCGGGCCCCCCGCCGCCCCCGUGCCCGUCAUCGAGCUGGUGCGCCGGGGGGGCUCCCUGGACAUAAAAAGCCGGGAGGCGGCGGGGGAGGCGAUGCAGAGAGCGCCGGGCGCCGAGCCGUGCCGCGCCGCCGAGGCCGCCUGCGAGGCCCGCAUGGUGCAGCUGAGCCCCCCCGCGCUCCCGCUGCAGCCCCCCGGCAGGGCCAUGCUCUACAACCUGGGCCAGCCGCUGGCCACCAUCAACAGCGGGUUUUUCGGGGAACCGGACUCCUUCUCCAUGUACGGCAGCAACCGGGUGAAGAGGAGACCCUCUCCCUACGAGAUGGAGAUCACCGACGGUCCUCAUACGAAAGUGGUUCGUCGCAUUUUUACCAAUAGCCGAGAGAGGUGGAGACAGCAGAACGUCAAUGGAGCCUUUGCGGAGCUUCGCAAGCUCAUCCCCACCCACCCGCCCGACAAAAAACUGAGCAAGAACGAGAUUCUGCGCCUGGCUAUGAAAUACAUCAACUUCCUGGCCAAGCUGCUCAACGACCAGGAGGAAGAAGGAAACCAAAGGGGCAAAGUGAACAAAGACUCUGGGAUAGUCCAGGAAGACCUCCUGCAGGAUAUGUUGUCUCCUAACUCUAGCUGUGGAAGUUCUUUAGAUGGAGCGGCAAGCCCCGACAGCUUCACGGAAGAGCACGAAACGCUAGAUUCGAAGCACACGCGGAGCCUGCACCAUGCCAUUCUCCCUGUAGAAGGCAAUGCGCAGCGGUGAUGACCUUCCGCAUCACUCCCGAAGCACCAAGGGGGAGGCAA